AUGGCUCGUCACUUUGAUGGACGAGCUGUACCUACUUCUUUGAGGCCUCGUCCAAUGGAAUGGGUUUCGUCUCGUCUAUUCGGUGUUAGCGAUGACGAUGACAAUGAGGACAUAUUCGACACACCGGCCGUUGCACUAAGAGCGCAACCAAUUAGUUUGUACAACCCACUUGCGCACAUGCAAAAUAUAAGUUUGGAUGAUGCCGAACCAAUCUCCGUUUUCGGCAGUUUCAUACCAACUCACAACUUUGACGAAAUAGAGGAGGGCAUAGAGUAUGAAGAUAAGGAAGAGUGUCUUUUGGCGUUGCAACAAUGGCAUAUAAAACGUAGUCUAGAUUUUUCUGUGGUUAAAUCUGACAGUGUACGUUUUGUCAUCAAAUAUAGAACUUCAACAUGCAAUUUCAAAUGCAGGGUCUCUUUGCGCAAGGGCAACUCAAGGUGGAGAGUUGGUAAGUCUAGUGGGUCUCAUACGUGCACAACCACUUCCAUGUCACAAGACCAUACAAAACUCAGUUCAGAAAUGAUUAGCAAGAGCAUAAUGGAGCUUGUAAAUCAGGACGCUUCUCUUAAGGUGAAGGUUAUCAUCGCUCAUGUUGUUGAGAAAUACCGGUAUAUCAUAUCAUACAAAAAGGCAUGGAUUGCAAAGUGUAAGGCAAUUGAGUCGCUGUAUGGAAAUUGGGAGACAUCUUACAACGAUCUUCCGCAGUGGAUACUGGUAAUGAAAACAUAUCUACCAGGUACCAUUAUAGAAUUACAAAUCCUACCUGUGAUUUCAAAUGAUGGUUCAUACUUGAGUGACCAAAGGAUAUUUCAUCGUCUGUUUUGGGCGUUUAGACCAUGUAUACGUGGCUUCGCGUAUUGUAAACCAAUUGUGCAGGUUGAUGGAACUUGGUUGUAUGGCAAGUACAGGGGCACUCUGCUGAUGGCUGUGGCACAUGAUGGGAACGGGAACAUAUUUCCGAUAGCGUUCGCAUUGGUUGAAAGUGAGACAAAGGAAGCCUGA